GGAAACUGCUUCAUAAGAGAAGGGCUGAAGUCGGUGUCAAAGUUUUCCUGACACUUUUUGAAGACGAUCCAGGAUUACAAAACAUGUUCGCAGAAUUCAGAGAGGUGAAACUUGAAGAGCUGGUGCAAACGCGAGAGCUUCACGGACAUACCGAAAGAGUGAUGCGUGCCGUGGAGAACUGCGUUAACGCGAUGGAUGACCCAGACUCUUUGCGAGCUUAUCUGACGGAGCUGGGAAGGAGACACGUAUAUCGAUCAGUUAAACCAACUGUAAGCAAUCUUCACCUGAUUUCCAAAGCGUUGAUUUCAACCUUUAAAGAGACCAUUCAGGACGAGUGGACUCCUGAACUAGCGGCAGCCUGGGAACUACUGUUGAAUUAUUUCACUCUGAUGUUGAAGGAAGGAAUACGUUCGACAGUUGAUUGA